CACACAUGUGUUUUGAAAAGUAAUAAAACAAAGCCGGAAAGUUGAAGAAACCAACAAAGUUGAAGUGAAAAGCUAGCAAAACAUGACCAAGGAGAACAAAAAGAAGCUGCUCGCCCAGCGGCAUAUCUCCUCGCGGAUGAACUUCCUCUUCCAGGCGUCCAACUUAAUGGCCUCGGGCAAUCAAACCAAACUGGCCGCCUACUAUGGCAAACUUUGCCGCAAUGUGGGCACCAAAGCCGUGAUGCACAUGGCUCCCGCCUUGAAGCGCUCGCUGUGCCGACGUUGUUCGCUACCCCUGAUUCCUGGAUUGAAUACGGAGGUACAGGUGGCCCAGGAACCCAAGAAACCGGAGCAAGUGACUCCGCCAGAGGUUCACCCGAAUGGUGGAAGCCAAACAAAGAAGAAGCGCCAUCGCAGGCAGCGCAAGAAGCCCCCAAAGAGCGAGGAUUCAAGUAAAAUCAGUGAAUCACUGGGUGAAAACCCGGCCAAACCCGAAAGGAUCUGCCUUUUCUUGGAGUGCUCCAUUUGCCAGAGCCGCCGAAGCUUUUCCGCCGGCCAUCAGCGAGAUGACUGCUGGCUAGAACAGCCACAAUCUCUGGUGCAGGUGGUGUCUCUGCCCGGCGAAAACGCUCAAUGAUAAGC